AUGGCUCAUGGAGCUUCUCCGACGCUGUCCGUGUGCAGCACGGCGGCGGUUCCUCGGAAAUAUGGUGCAAAGGAUUUUGUCUCGAAGCUCUACGCGAUGAUGAAGCAGUUUUACACUGAUGGUGCGGCGGUGUCGACGAAACUGAGUGGGGAUACAGUUCGAAGUAGAAAUGACCACUGUAAUGCCGGAGAAACCCACACCAGGGAAGGCGAUGUGGAGACCCGACGCGUACACAAUGCUGGGAAGGUUGGUAUGACCAGCAGCUGUUCGGCAAAGUGCAUAGGCCUCCCCCUUCCUGCUGCGGAGCCGCCGAACGCUUCAACUGGCCGUCGGCUUGUGCAUUUUGAGGAGAAAGAGCACCCAGUUUCCGUCAAGGCGGAGAAGCGGUCCCGAUACCUCUGUGUUGUGCUGUGGCCGUCGAAUCUCAACAAGGGCGAGGUGCCCUAUCAGCCACGAGACGUUGCGGAGUGCAGCGAAUGGGGCGUGUAUGGAACGGUGCUUGGGUAUACUGAUGACGACACGGGACUUAUCUGGCACAAGCGCGGUGAUUUAUUUGCGAGCUGCCUUCCCCUUUCCGCUAUUUCUGUGGCUAUGUGCGUACCUGCUGUGCGUUGUAGGCACUGCGCGCACGUCGUGCCUCGCACAGAGGUUAUUCCGCAUGUUGGUAUUCAUCAGUUGGGGCUUGGAAAAGAAACGGGAGCGUUUGUUGACGAUGAGACCUGGGGUACAGCGUGUGGUGACACUCACCUACUUCAGCAUUUGCAACGAAUGGGUGUAGUGGGCAGUGGGGGACAGGGGGAUGUGGUCCUUUGUAGAGUGCGCGAUUCCAAGGAGGAGGCACGUUAUGUUGUAAAGGUUAUGCAAUUUAGCUCAAUGGAGGCUGCAACAAGUGUGUACCAUCGUGCUGUGCGUUACAUGCUGCUCCAACACGAGCGGCUGGACACUCACCUUGUCGAAUACUUGGCUGUGCGACUUUUGCCUGGUGGCACAACAGCAGAAAUUGUCAUGCCGUACUAUGCAGGAGGGGAUCUGGCAACAGCCAUCCGUGAGUUGAAUGUGGACCGCUUUGAAGAGCUCUACAUUUGCUCUCUUAUUUUGCAGAUAUUGAAAGCCCUUGUCUUUUUACACGAGCACCAACCUCCUGUUGUUCAUGGUGAUCUGAAAGCGGAGAACAUCCUGCUAUCCGACGAAGGAAGAGAAGCUGUGUUAACCGACUUCGACAGCUACAGGGAACUUAAUGCGUACGAGAAGUCUAUCCGUGCAGGAAUGGGGACCAUCGCGUGGAUGGCCCCAGAGGUUCGACACAAGCGGCAGUUGAUGUCCGCCUCGGACCUCUGGGGUGUGGGGCUUCUCAUGUACGUUCUUGCCGUACUACCGGACUAUCCAAUGAUUACCGAUCCCAAUACGGGCGUCAGUGAGUUGAUGAAUGCUACGGUGUGGAGGGCUUAUGAUGUUGGGAGUGAUUCGCAUGAAGCAAGUACAACUGAUGGUCAUGCUACAGCAGAAAUUUUCGAUAUUUUGGACAAUUCUACGAUACACGAGAGUCGUAUAAACCAAAAAGUGACCACUGGAUAUGUGACGCUAACGGAAUGCGUUCGGAAGAAUGUUCGAAGGCGGGGCUACUCUGAUGCGUUUGUCGAUCUUACGACUCGUCUGCUUUCGUAUCACCCAGGAAAGCGGCCUCGAGCACGGGGGGCGGUGGAAGAACUGGCUAAAGUCAUCCAGAAUCAUCAUACAUAG